GCGGAGGAAGGAGGUUGUUCUGUGUCCCGAGUGUUCUGUGUCUCAUGCUCGGGUUCUGUUGGAGGAGGGCAGCAUGAAGCCAGCCGGAAGCGCGAGCGCCAGCAUCUCUUCUUCGCCAUGACGUCCCUUUUGGGUCGGAGGCGCGGGGGCCUCCUGUACCUCACCUGCUCUUGCCUGCUGCUGGCAUUCUGCUUCUUCACGUCCGUCCUCAGGCCGAGCGGCCUCCGCCAAUCCCGCAGCCUCGAGGUGUACCCGUGGCAGAUGAUUGGCUACGACGACUACGACUGCGGAUGUCCCAGGUCCGGUCCGCCAAUCGUGAGGGAGAGCGAGCAGUCGAUGUGCAGUGAUUGGUCGACGAGUCGAGGCCUGGGCCAAAAAGUGGUGUCGUAUUCGCUGUUUGGCGACUUAAACAAAACGGUCAUUUAUAAUAAAUAUUUUUCAGCGUUCGAAGAUCGCCUGAAAGAAGUCGAAAAAUAUUACAAAGGUUGGACGGUUAGGUUGUACCACAACUUAUCGCGGAGCGACGUUGCCUCGCAGAAGUACCUGUGCCGCCUGUACUGCCAGUACCACCACCUGGACCUCUGCCAGGUGGACAACCUCUUCCCGCCACAGGGCCAGAGUGCGGGCAAUUCUGGACCCAGCAACGACUCUUCGGCGACGCUGAAGGGGGCAGCUGAGUCCCCUGGCACCAUUGGGACGAGGGCGCUGGACCGCCUCAAGGCCGCCGCUUCCUCCGGUGCUCCUGAGAGCUACGGGAAGAAGCUCGUGGGACGCAUGUGGCGGUUCAUCGCGAUGGCGGAUCCCCUCGUGUCGGAGUUCCUGGUGCGGGACACAGACUCCUCCGUGCUUCCCCGGGAGGUGGCCGCCGUCCAGCAGUGGCUCCACAACUCCACGGCUCUUCUGCACGUCAUGCGCGAUCACCCCAACCACAACGGUUUCAUCCUUGCAGGUAUGUGGGGCGGGUCCCGAGAUCGUGGCGGAGACCUCCUGAAGGAACUGCUGGCGAAGAUGGUCCGCUGGCCUCCGAGGAACAUCUGGGACUACGACCAGAUGCUCCUGAAGAGGGUCGUGUGGCCUGAGGUCCUCGAUGACGUGCUGGUGCACGACAGCUACUUCUGCGCCAACCCCAACUUCCGGUCCCACCACAGGGCGGCGCCCUUCCCCACCCGUCGCCACGAGCGGUACUUCGUGGGUUGGGGGCCGCUGCGUGACCCUGAACUCGCGGGCAUCACCCCCUGCCCGCACGAGUGUCGCCCGCCGAUGCACCAAGACUGGACGUACUGCUAGAGGAUGCUCUCGGGAUUCCUUCGACGUCGGUGCUCGUUUUAGUGCUGAGAGUUCGCAGAUUUCGCCUGAACGAAUUCUUCUGUUUUCGGUUGUAGAGUUUUGUUGAGAAAGGAGGCUCGAAAGCAGAAUUAUGAUAAUGAUAAGUCAGUUAGAUUGAAUUGUUGAAUCGAGACAUUCCCCACAAAUAACCCUUUUCACCCAGUAACGUCUAACUUUGACCCCAUGCUGCGACUUUCAUUAUAGAAUUAAUUUCUUGAUAAACUUGACUGGCUUACAGUGCGGACAAAUAACUGAAGACUCGGCUUGUUGCUAGACUCUUGUCUCUCUCUUUCUCUUUCCAUUCUUUGUCUCUUUCUGUCGCUGUUUGUGCAGAUAUUGUAGACAGUUAGAUAGAUGUUUAGUCGUUUUACAUUGACCGAAAGACCAUGAAACUGUCAGACCCCUUGAUUAGACUACAAACUUAAUCUCACGUAGAUGCUGAACUUGACUCAUCAGCACAUGACAUGACUUCAUGAUUAUUAACGCUAGGUUGAGGCAAAUGCAGUUCUGGACAUAGUAAGCAUGUCAGGUUGUGAGUGUAAAACAAAGGACUCUGUAUACGGUAUCAGUGUACUAGUGAUCUCCGCUAGUAAAAUUACGAAGACUGAAAACAUCCCAAUUCAAGACUGACGUUAACGAAAUAAACAGCUGCACUAAUUCCAACAAAAGAAGCCAUAUUUUCAGAGAAUUUAGACUGGUGUGUGAAAUGCCUUCUAGGUCAUGCUAGAUUUCCUGACGCGAAUUUUUGCUUUAUGACUUUUCGCACGUUGGCUAAUGACUUUUGACAUGACUUAUGACAUGGCUUAUGACUUUUUACAUGUCGGCUUAAAAGUGCACAUAAUUUCAUGCUGUUCUUUCUCACUGCAAUCUGGAAUUCAUAAUUCCAUUACAUUAUUAUAAUUUCAUUGCAACUUUCGUCCUUUUAAAAGUUCUCUAAGUCACUGAACGUCGGAAAAUCAGGGAUCGGACAUACAACCGAAUUAAUUUUUAAGGACUGAAGAUUAUCGGGCAGAUCUGAUACGCUGAAAAUAUCCACGCCAACAACUUUUAUAUAUUUAGCAUGAGUUAUUCGCCGAAAGAUAAUGAGGAAAUGUGCUAAUAUUAGGGAAGUUGUCAGAAAUAUGGUGGAUAUGUCUCCAUGUUCGCGAAAUAUAUUGUUACAAACUGUGAUAUGCUUUUUGCUUUUAAUAGUGAUGAAAUGUUGUAUUAGAACGUUUAUUUUGUGUUUUCAUCAUGUUGGUUACAUUGUGAACGUAAUUUGUAAAUACAAAAGACCGGUUUGUUGA